UAGUGUGCUGGCGAUAAAGGAAGGCUGAUGGGUGAAAAUAGAUUAUGACGGCGCUGUCCGUGCGGCGAUUGAACCUACAAAACGCGCUAAGCUGCGCUGUUGGCUCUGCGGAGCUGCGCGAGCGGCAAUAAAUUAGGGGCGGGUGUGGCUGUUUCAAACUGUGUCGGCGGGAAAAGACGGUCCAAUAGCGAAUAGGUGACGCAGCGCGUUCUCUCCAAUGACAGGCGACCGCGUUCAAGACGCCCAAUGAGCGCAGGGCGCUGUUAGAGUUGAAAAAGCCAGCGUCCGCCGGUGCCGUUUAUUCUGUUUCUCAUCUGUGAAGUGCAGAGCUCACCGCCAUGGCAAGAACCAAGCAGACGGCCCGUAAAUCCACUGGUGGCAAGGCGCCCAGGAAGCAGCUCGCCACGAAGGCUGCCCGCAAGAGCGCCCCCGCUACCGGCGGCGUGAAGAAGCCUCACCGUUACAGGCCCGGCACCGUGGCUCUGAGGGAGAUCCGCCGUUAUCAGAAAUCUACUGAGCUGCUCAUCCGUAAGCUGCCCUUCCAGCGCCUGGUAAGAGAAAUCGCUCAGGACUUUAAGACCGAUUUGCGCUUCCAGAGCUCGGCUGUCAUGGCGUUGCAGGAGGCGAGCGAGGCAUACUUGGUCGGCCUGUUCGAGGACACUAACCUGUGUGCCAUCCACGCCAAGAGAGUGACCAUCAUGCCCAAGGACAUUCAGCUGGCACGCCGUAUUCGCGGAGAGCGCGCUUAAACGCGGACUCCGUCUAACGCACACAAAGGCUCUUUUAAGAGCCACCUCACUGUCUCACAGAAACGAGCCCGUCUCCAUCCCCUGCACGGAACACCGUUCUGUUUGAGCUCACGGUUCGAGUGGAGUCGGAGCAGUGAAACAGAACAGCUGUU